UUUUUACAUUAUGCCAACUAUAUUUUAUAUAUUUUUACAAGAAUGGAAUUAAACCAAGAAAUAUACUUCUACCACAUCAAUAUUAAUUAAAAAUAAAGGAUAUUCGGACGAAACAAUUUCGAAUAUUCUAUUCUUCUCCGCCUAUCUUCAUCUCAUUUAUAUUACUCUCCUCCAUUUAAUCUUUCUUCUUUCUCUACCACUUUCAUCUUCACUUUUGCUUAACCUUAUAAUUUUCAUUUUCUCUCUCCUAAAAAAGAUUGAAAAUAUUCCUGAAUUUUCUCUCUCCUCUUGAAUUUUUCUGCGAAUUUUUUAGGUUUUUUGUGUGAUUGAUCGAUGAAGUUUGGGAAGAGUUUGAGCAAUCAGAUCGAAGAAACUUUGCCGGAAUGGCGAGAUAAGUUUUUGUCGUACAAAGAUUUGAAGAAAAAAUUGAAGUUGAUUGUUCCGAAGAGCAACAAUGGCGGCGAGGAGAGUAAUAAUGACCGUCCGAUUAAGCGACAGAGGAUCGACGGUGAGGAAGGUAUGACGAAGGAAGAGGUUGAUUUUCUCACGUUGUUGGAAGAUGAACUUGAGAAAUUUAAUACGUUUUUCGUUGAGAAAGAGGAAGAGUAUAUCAUCAGAUUAAAGGAGUUACAAGAUAGAGUGGCAAAGACAAAUGCUUGUAAUUAUGAAGAGAUGCUCAAAAUUAGCAAGGAGAUUGUGGAUUUUCAUGGAGAGAUGGUUUUGUUGGAAAAUUACAGUGCUCUCAACUAUACAGGUCUGGUAAAAAUUCUCAAGAAGUAUGACAAAAGAACCGGGGCUCUCAUACGCUUACCCUUUAUUCAGAGGGUCUUACAACAGCCUUUCUUCACAACCGACCUACUUUACAAGCUCGUUAAAGAGUGUGAACGAAUGCUUGACCUUCUCUUUCCCACUAAUGACGAGCCAACAACUGCUCCUUCAUCCCAUGAGGUUGAUGAAACUUGCGACUGUACUACAACCAGUACCACGGCCAACACUAAUGGUCUGCUUAAAUGUCCCAAGGAACUUGCAGAGAUCGAGUAUAUGGAGAGCCUCUAUAUGAAGAGCACUAUAUCGGCAUUAAGAGCUUUGAAAGAAAUUAGAAGCAAAAGCUCAACCGUAAGCAUGUUUUCGUUGCCUCCCCUUCAACAAGAGACAUGGAAGAAGAUACCUGUUCUUGAGCAAGUAGCUAAAUAAUCAGUACUUGUUUGUUGAGGGGACUAGGGAAAGAGACGUGAACUCUGGUCUCCUUUGUGUAAACUUUUUCAUGUAAUUCUUUAGAUACUAACACGAGAUGUAUUACUCUUUAAAACUUACUUAAUUACCACUAUCAGGUAUACUACCGUUACUACGAGCAUGAAUUUAUGCGCUGUAUGAUAAAGUUUAUGUUUUGGCA